AUGAUAUCGGAAUCGUUGUACAUAGAAAUGAUGAAGAAUUGCUCGAAAUGGAAUAGCCGGGUAGAAACCGAACGGAAGGGUCGAUACACGGUGUUAGAUCCUCAGACUGGUAUAGCGCAACAUCCAUCACAUCAUGCCAUUUAUGAACUAUCAAACCGAUAUCCACCAUUGAAUCCUUCCCAGUAUUGCACAUACGGUAGCAGGCGUUGGAAAAAACGAAAAUCAGCGCCAACAUCGGAUGCAACCGAAAUGAAAUAUAUAUUAGAAUGUAAUCCAGCAAUUAGUGAUGUGAUAAAUCAAGCCAGUUCAGCCGGCCAAGAUCCAACUGAUUUUCAGUCGCUAACAGCUAUGGCGAAUUCGACAUUGGAAAAUCAUUUUACUGAAAAAAGGAAAGUCUAUAACAUGAAGGAAUCGGGAGUAGAUAUGGAAGUGGAAGAAGCAAGUGAAGAAGAUCCUGGCGAAGCUUCAGAUGAAGAAGAAUGGUCAGAUGGGAGGAAAAAACGGAAAAGGAGAGGUGCUCCAGGUGGAAGUCGUGGCGGGCGCAAAAAUGCUACAAGUUUAUCAGUCAAUAUACCGCUUACUCAAGGAUUCACGCCGGACCCCAAACCCUUUUCGUGUAAUUUAUGCGGUGCCAAAUAUAAAAGUCGUCCGGGUUUGAAUUAUCACCGAGCUCAUGUGCAUGCAGAUAAUGUCAGUCCAUCAACAACGCCCCAACCAGCACAUCGUAUUGAUUGA